CGCCCCCCCUUCUCCCCCCUCCCCCAAGCUUCUCCCCCGGCCGCUUUGCGGAAGGGAGGCCGCUAUGGCAGAUGAAAUCGCCAAAGCUCAGGCCGCUCGGCCUGGUGGCGACACGAUCUUCGGGAAGAUCAUUCGCAAGGAAAUCCCAGCCAAAAUCAUUUUUGAGGAUGACCAGUGUCUUGCUUUUCAUGACAUUUCCCCGCAAGCACCAACGCAUUUUCUGGUGAUACCCAAGAAGCAUAUAUCCCAGAUUUCUGUAGCAGAAGAUGCUGACGAAAGUCUUCUUGGACAUUUAAUGAUUGUUGGCAAGAAAUGUGCCGCUGACCUGGGCCUGAAGAAGGGUUACCGAAUGGUAGUGAACGAAGGCUCCGAUGGGGGGCAGUCUGUCUAUCACGUUCACCUUCACGUUCUUGGAGGUCGGCAGAUGAACUGGCCUCCUGGCUAAGCAUGUUUUAGGGAUAAUUUUCCCUACUGCAGGCAAUGGUCAGUUUUACAAGUUAAACAGUAUGCUUUUGCCUGUGUAUGGAGAGAUUGAGGAAAUAAUUUCUAAAACCCACAUAUAAUAAAAGACAUUGUUGCAUGUUCUGAA